AUGGCACAACUUCUCCAAGGCAAGGUCGCUGCCAUCACUGGUGCAGUAACUGGCAUUGGGAAGGCGAUUGCGAUUGACUACCUCAAGCAUGGCGCAAGCGUCGCAGUCAACUAUUAUCCAGACGAAAGAUCGCAGAAACAAUUUGAGGAGCUGCGGACGGAAGUGAGAGGAGAUGCAGAAUUGAUUGGGAUACCAGGAGAUGUGACCAAGCCGCAGACAGGACAAGAACUGGUGAAGAAGACAGUGGAAAGAUUUGGCAAGUUGGACGUCUUCGUGAGCAAUGCUGGCAUUUGCCAAUUUGCAGACUUCUUGACGUGAGUGAAAGUCUGAAUACUUGCCUAGCCAUUGACUGACAACAAAGCAGGUUGACGCCUGAUCUCGUGAAUCAAACGAUAUCCACAAACCUCAAUGGAGCUUUCUACGCCGUACAAGCCGCAGCACAGCGAAUGGCGAAACAAAAUCCGUCCGGCGGCAGCAUCAUUGGAAUAUCUUCAAUCUCGGCUUUGGUCGGAGGCGCAGGCCAAACACACUACACUCCGACUAAAGCUGGUGUCUUGUCACUCAUGCAGAGCACAGCAUGUGCUCUCGGGAAGUACGGAAUCAGAUGUAACGCACUACUUCCCGGAACGAUACGGACUCAGCUGAAUAACGAAGACCUUGCCGACGAAGGAAAGAGGAAAUACAUGGAGGCGCGGAUACCGCUGGGUCGAUUAGGUCAGACGAAAGAUCUUGCAGGUCCGGCAGUUUUCCUAGCGAGCGAUUUGAGCGAAUACGUCACUGGUGCGCAGCUGCUAGUCGAUGGCGGCCUGUUCGUCAAUCUGCAGUAG